CGCGACCGUGCACCCAGCAACAAUUCCCACCUCCUCUCUUACCCCCACAUACGCCGUGCGCCGAGGUUAACUGCAGCUCAGCAGCCAGCAGCAGCAGCAACGGGCACCUUCCAUCCCGACUAGAGCAGCGCGGCCGGGAGGAAGGCGGCGAAUGCGAUAGGAGGCACCGAGGGACAGAGGAGAUUAUGGGGUCGAGGACGCGGGGGUGCUGCGGGUGGCUGAUCGUGGCGCUCGUGCUGGCGCUGGUGGCCACGGCGGCGGUGGUCGCCAUCAUGAAGAGGAAGCCCGGGGGAGGAGGGCGCGGGCGCGAACCCAAGCCGCUCCCCGUCCCGGGCCCGCCGGGGGCCAUCGACUCCAAGUACGGCGACGCGCUCGGGAUCGCGCUCCAGUUCUUCCAGGUCCAGAAGGCGGGGAAGUUGGAGAACAACGAGAUCCCGUGGCGAGGGGACUCUGCGCUGGAUGAUGGGAAAGAAGCCAAGCUGGAUCUUUCCAAGGGACUGUACGAUGCUGGGGAUCAUAUGAAGUUCAGCUUCCCAAUGGCGUUCACGGCAACGGUGCUUGCGUGGUCUGUGCUUGAAUACGGGGAUCAGAUGAACGCCGCGAAGCAGCUAGACCCCGCGCUAGAUGCGCUCCGCUGGAUCACGGAUUUCCUCAUCGCAGCACAUCCUUCUGACAAUGUGUUCUACAUUCAGGUUGGUGAUCCUGAUCUUGAUCACAACUGCUGGGAAAGGCCAGAAACGAUGACCGAGAAGAGGCCGCUCACACAGAUUAACCCAAAGUCCCCUGGAUCAGAUAUUGCUGCUGAGGCGGCAGCAGCCAUGGCGGCAGCAUCAAUGGUUUUCAAAACCAGUGAUACUACAUAUUCUGAUUCACUUCUUCAGCAUGCUCAGAAGUUAUUUACUUUUGCUGAUACUUAUAGAGGCAUAUCCAGUGAGACCUAUCCAAAGCUUCAGAAGUACUAUAAUUCCACUGGUUAUGUUGAUGAGCUUCUGUGGGCAGCGAGUUGGCUCUAUCAUGCCACAGGAGACCAGACAUAUCUCAGUUAUGUUACCGUGGAGAAUGGGAAAGCUUACGCUGAUUGGGGAAGGCCGACAUGGUUCAGCUGGGAUGACAAGCUCCCUGGGACACAGGUUCUCUUGUCAAGAGUAAAUUUCUUUGGAUCCAAAAAGAUUUCUAAUGCUGAAAAUGGGGGACUCAAAAUGUACAGAGACACCGCUGAAGCUGUAAUUUGUGGGCUUCUACCAGAUUCCCCAUCAGCCACUGGUAGCAGGACUAGCGGAGGCUUGGUGUGGAUAAGCGGGUGGAAUUCUAUCCAGCACGGCACAAAUUCGGGAUUCCUUGCUUCUGUUUACAGCGAUUACAUGCUGACAUCACAGACAGCGGCUGUGCAGUGCAGUGGAAAGUACUUUAGUCCUACAGAUAUACGCAAUUUUGCUAUAUCACAGGCGAACUACAUAUUGGGUGAUAAUCCAAUGAAGCUUAGCUACCUCGUGGGAUAUGGGAGCAGCUAUCCACAGCAGGUACACCACAGGGGGGCGUCAAUUCCUGCAGAUGCAAAAACAGGCUGCAAAGGAUUCGAGUACCUCCACUCAUCAAGUCCCAACCCGAAUGUCGCCAUGGGAGCCCUUGUGGGUGGGCCAUUUCAGAAUGACUCUUUUGUGGACUCUCGCGACAACGCGGUGCAGACAGAGUCCAGCACAUACAACAGCGGCACCUUGGUCGGACUUCUCGCCGGUCUGGUCACCACCUCAUCCGUCGCAUCGUCAUUCACCUAGACCUCCUUCUGAAGCCCCCACUAUGGCUUUGAUCAACCCGGUGACGCAUGCACAGUCAGGAGGUUUUUUUUGGCGUGGAUGAUUAUAAUGCGCAACCAGUGAGACACCUUGCAGCUUUCUUCAUCGGCCAUGAGUUAGUUGGGUGAUUAGCAGUAGUUGUCAGUGCCAUGUUACAACAACUACCGUACUGCUGUCGACCUGUCAGUUUGUAUAACCGGUGUCACUGCUGCUGCAGCUAUGAUUUUAGCUGUGUGAUCCUAUCUGGUUUGCUGGGGGUACCCGUAGGCUGAAUGUAGUUGCAUGUAUUGUAUUUUUAGAACAUUAUUCCUUUGUUGAUUUCUGAGGUGGUUCUUGGUAGCUUAAGCUUGUACCGAUGCUUGAUCUGUAAUGCCUUGGUGCCUUUUAACAGUGAAAAUUGCAUGACAUGUACAUGAGUACAUCCAUAUGGUCCA